CUGGCCUGAGCUGUGUCUGAUUCUUUUCUGACUCUAGUCAAGGUUGAGAAAAAUGACGAAGCUGUUCAGUUUUAUUCUGGUUACUACUAUACUGGUAAUGAGCAGUGUAAGUUGGGCUCUUGAGAACUGUCUCCAGGAGCAGGCAUUGCUCAGAGCCCAAGUCCGCAGGCUUGAGAACCGAGUAAAACAACAACAGGUCAGGCUGGCACAGCUUCUGCAUGAGAAGGAAAUCCAGUUCCUGGAUCAAGGAGAGGAAACUAGUAUCUUUGACCUUGGAAGCCAGAGGCAAUACACAGAUUGUUCAGAGAUUUUCAAUGAUGGAUACAAGCUCAGUGGAUUUUACAAAAUCAAACCUCUCAGAAGCCCAACUGAAUUAUCUGUUUUUUGUGACAUGUCUGAUGGAGGAGGAUGGACAGUAAUUCAGAGACGAUCUGAUGGCAGUGAGAAUUUUAACAGAAAUUGGAGUGACUAUGAAAAUGGUUUUGGAAAUUUUGUUCAACAAAAUGGUGAAUACUGGCUGGGUAACAAAAAUCUUCAUUUAUUAACCUCACAAGGUGACUAUACUUUAAAGAUUGACCUUACAGAUUUUGAAAAAAAUAGCCGUUAUGCAGAAUACAAAAAUUUCAAAGUUGGAGAUGAAAAGGAUUCUUAUGAGUUAAGUAUUGGGGAAUAUACUGGAACAGCUGGAAAUGCUCUUGCAGGAAAUUAUCACCCUGAGGUGCAGUGGUGGGCCAGUCACCAAAGGAUGAAAUUCAGCACAUGGGACAAAGAUAAUGACAACUAUGAAGGGAACUGUGCAGAGGAAGAUCAGUCUGGCUGGUGGUUUAACAGGUGUCACUCUGCAAACCUGAAUGGCUUAUACUACCAAGGUCCUUACAGAGCAAAAACAGACAACGGAGUUGUUUGGCACACGUGGCUGGGAUGGUGGUACUCUCUGAAAUAUGUGGUCAUGAAAAUUAGACCAAGUGACUUUAUUCCAAAUGUUAUUUAAUCAACUCUUUUGAACUUUCAUUUCCACAGUUCAUCCUGGGUUAAAGUGAUUUUAAAAAAGCAAUUCUGACGGGCCAGAGCAGUGGCAUAAGCAGUAGAGUGUUGCCUUGCAUGCGCUGACCUAGGACGAACCGUGGUUCGUGGUUCUCAUAUGGUCCCUCAAGCCAGGAGCAAUUUCUGAGCACAUAACCAGAAGUAACCUCUGAGCGUCACUGGAUGUGUCCCAAAAUAAAAAAA